AUGCUUAUCUACAAGGACCUCAUCACCGACGACGAGAUCAUCUCGGACUCGUAUGACCUCAAGGAGGUCGAUGGCAUCGUCUACGAGGCCGACUGCGCCAUGAUUACCGAGGGCGCCGUCACCGUCGACACUGGUGCCAACGCUUCCGCCGAGGAGGCCGAGGAGGGUCUUGAGGAUGCCGAGGUCAAGGUCAACAACAUCGUCCACUCUUUCCGUCUCCAGUCCACCAGCUUCGACAAGAAGGGUUACCUGACCUACCUGAAGGGCUACAUGAAGGCUGUCAAGGCCGGCCUCCAGGCUAAGGGUGCUCCCGCCGAGGAGAUCACCGCUUUCGAGAAGGGUGCCCAGACCUACGUCAAGGAGAAGCUGCUGCCCAACUUCAAGGACCUUGAGUUCUACACUGGCGAGUCCAUGAACCCCGACGGAAUGAUCGUCCUCCUCAACUACCGUGAGGAUGGUGUCACCCCCUAUGUCAUCGUCUGGAAGCACGGUCUCACCGAGAUGAAGGUCUAA